AUGGACCCCCCAUCAAACCAGGAGGAUCUGUUCCCCGAGCUGUCUCCCGAGGCCAUCCGUAGUGCAGAUGAAGCAAUUGCGCAGUAUCUUGCAACUUGCGAGUGUACGGACAAAUCCAAGAGUCCCACUCAACUGUUUUUGAGCGGAGAAUACCAGUCUCCUUCCGGUGUUAUGACGUCGCCGAUGAAGUACACCCGUUUCCAAGAAGAACCGUCUGCAUUGAAAGUGGCUUCCAAGGAAUCUCAUCACGAAAAUGGCAGCAAGAUGACCUCCGAGACGGGCGAUAUCUAUCCCGAAACAGGGGGUGAUGCUGCUUCGAAGAGAAAGCUUAGUCCGGCUAAACCAUCUGCUCCCACCCCCUCGUCCCAGAUCAACAAGAUGCCCCCUCUGAAGCGUUCGUCCAUUCCAGCUGAAAGUGGAAAGUACGUACAAAAUGGUACCACCGGAUCCUCCAGAGCCCGUGUCAAGAAGCCCAUCCCAAAAGAUGCUUUAAUUCUCACUAUCGACAGCGACAGUGAAGAGGAAAACAGGAAGAUGCCCCCUGUUAAGAAGGAAAGUGUACUACCCAGUCACAGCUGGACGGCGACUGUUGUGAAGACAGAGAAAGUGGAAAAGAAAGCUACAGUUCCCCACCAUCAAGGUAGCCGGAUCACAGUGGACAAGAACAACAACACCACUGUCUCAGGCGGAUACGAGGACUGGCAGAUCAAUGCAGCCAAGAGGGAGAUGGCAGAGGUUUAUAGAGACGUCAUCUCAAAGCACCCACCACCACCACCAGAUGGUUGUUCUUUUUUACCUGCUGCGAGACUCCAGGUGACUGGCCGUACUGCCGAAAGUGCUGCUGCAGUCUCGAAGCAAGGUUCUGUCCAGUCUGCUGCGAGUGCAAGCUUCCCUGGUGUCAUGCAUGCAAUGAAGAGCCGGUCAUUUGUGACUGCCACUCCAGCUACUGCCAAGCAUGCACCACCUAGCGGCCGUGUGGAACGCCAGAGGCGUAAGUCAAAGAAACCGAUUGAAGUGGCCACUUCGUCAUCAUCGAGUGAGAGCGAGAGCGAGGAAGAAACAUCCUCUGAAGACUCCAUGGAAAUGGAGUUCAGCAAAGAAGAGCAAGCCAAGCUGGAACAGAUGGGGCCCUACGCAAGAGCAAUUUACAAGUCUGAAAUCAAGAAAGCUCGAAGGGUGAAAGAAACAGCGGCCAGGCUGAAAGACAAGUUUGUGAAAUACAGUAAAGCCCCCCUGUACAACGGCUCUUCGAAAGAGAACAAGGCACCCAACAGCUACCUUGCACGCAAGAAAAAAGAAUGGAAGAAGAAAGAGGCCCAAGCUCAGGUCCGUCACAUCUUGAAGAAAGAAGAAAAGAAAAGCAACAAAAUCAAAAAGAAGCCAGGUCGCUCUAAAUCCCUUGGACCUUCUCUGAAGCUUGGAGAGUGGCCCCAGUUCUGGUCGUCCGAUAGCAUGUUUCACGCUAGAGCCACCAGGAAUCCUGGUGCCAGUGGCGUGCACUCCACCCUUCUGGAUGGAGCAGGUAGUACACCAGAUUACCGAAUCCCAGCGUUGAACCUUAAGUCAAGCGAUCGUGCAAGCAAGCAGCGGGUGUUGCAGGCAAUGAAAGUUCCCGCUUUGAAGCUUUUGGUUGCCAUGACCAAAAGCACAUUGGCACAGGACAAAACUCUCCUGUACCACUUUGUGGAUGUGAAUGCCAGCAAAGAAGCCGACCCACCCACACCUGUGGAGAACUGUGUGGCGGCUCUCAUUGCUACUCUCGUGGAUCUCUACAUGGACUAG